ACAGGCAGGCUGCACUGGUCCUCGUCCACCGCGGUCUUAUUAUCAGAGCGCUCAGAGGCACAAAGGCUUGUUGUGUAACUGAAUGAGCGCUUUACGGUCGCCUUGUGUAAAUACGUAUCAGGGGUCAGUGGUAGGAGUUGUUGUGAUCAUUAAUACAUUCUUGCGCGGAUUGAAGCAGACAGAGGGGGCUUUACAUAAUUACGUUCAUGCUUUUUCACGUGAAAUGCUCCUUUAAAAGAAGGCUUCGAUUGAGCACACCGAGGCACAUCUCGCGCGCGAGCGAGCGGACUGUCAUUCUUCACAGUUUGGUGGUGAAAUUGCCUUCAAUAUGGUAACGUCGUAUCCAUUACCGGAGGGAUUCUCCGAGUUCGACGUGUUCUCCCUCGGAUCUUGUCUGCUCGUAGAGGGUCUCCUCGGGUUUUUCCUGAACGCUGUCACCGUUAUUGCUUUCCUUAAAAUCAGAGAAUUGCGGACCCCAAGUAAUUUCCUCGUGUUCAGUCUGGCCAUGGCAGACAUGGGCAUUUCAAUGAACGCCACAAUCGCUGCUUUCUCUAGCUUUCUGAGAUACUGGCCUUAUGGAUCAGAUGGAUGUCAGACCCAUGGUUUCCAGGGCUUUAUGACUGCUCUUGCCAGCAUACACUUUAUUGCCGCCAUUGCUUGGGACAGAUACCACCAGUACUGCACAAGGACAAAGCUGCAAUGGAGCAGUGCCAUCACCCUGGUUCUCUUCACCUGGCUCUUCACUGCCUUCUGGGCUGCCAUGCCUCUGUUUGGUUGGGGAGAGUAUGACUAUGAGCCUUUGAGGACCUGCUGCACACUGGACUAUAGCAAGGGUGACAGGAACUAUGUAUCUUACUUGAUCCCUAUGUCCAUCUUCAACAUGGGCAUUCAGGUGUUUGUGGUGCUGUCUUCCUAUCAGUCCAUUGAUAAGAAAUUCAAGAAGACCGGCCAGGCCAAGUUCAACUGUGGAACUCCUCUGAAGACCAUGCUGCUCUGCUGGGGUCCCUAUGGAGUCCUGGCUUUCUACGCCGCAGUGGAAAAUGCAACGCUUGUCUCCCCGAAACUGAGGAUGAUUGCACCCAUUCUGGCCAAAACCUCACCUACUUUCAACGUCUUUGUUUACGCCCUUGGGAAUGAGAACUACAGGGGGGGAAUCUGGCAGCUGCUGACCGGCCAAAAGAUUGAGAGUCCUGCUAUUGAGAACAAGUCCAAAUAAACUAAACACAUGAAAAUAACCCCCAAUAUCCUGUAGUUUCUAACAGGUACGACACACGCUUAUCGGCUUUGUGUGCUUAUCUCAUCCUCGCUGUAUUCUUGUGGAGUGUUCGUGGACAUGAGCGUAAAGUCUGUCUCUGGUAGUUUGGGUCAGUUAUGUUUGGAUAUAGAGAUUUCAUCAGUCAUUUAAACUGAUAUUUUGACAAAACACUUGAGAAUGGAAUGGGGACCAAUUUAAUCUGCCUCAUUGCAAAGCACAUGGAAGCACAAGUGUUAAACUGUUACUGUAAAUGUGGGUUUGAACGUGAACACAAUCAGGAAUCAUGUAACUUAUUUUUAGGUCGCUUUUUAAAUGUUCAGAUUUUGGUCUAUUUUUUUUUGGUUUGAAUGUUUGUGCUGUUACAUUGUACAUCAAAACUGCCUUUUUAAAUGUCAUACUAAUAAUGUGUUUAAAGGUUUACACUAGAUUAAAUGUCCUAAACUUUUACCCCCUGAAUGCACGUUUUGGCACACUCAGUAAAUAAAGUGUACUUUAUUAUCUACAUUAAGCUUAUGAGACAGAAUUAGACAAGCACAAAAUUCUAAUCCCAGAAAACAACUGGGUUUUUCAUAAAAACACAUUCCCCAGUGCGCAAGAUUAGUCAAAAGGAAAAGAUUAUGCACGAGACUCACUGCAAUUGGAAAUGUUCAGACUGCUGAUCCCCUUUUCCCUUCGGCGUAUUCUGUCUCAAUUUCAACAUGAUUCAUUCUGGCAUCUGAAGAAAAACAAAAUCACGAAAUCUUGCCAAAUCAUGAGGUUUUUUGCACAACAAGGAAACAUUUUGUCAGACAAAACCCUGUUUCAUGUAGUAACGUCUAAAUUAACCAGUAUUUAAUUAUUCAAGUUUUACAAAUUCUUUCUCUUUUUAUAGUUUCACAAAUAUUUAUGGUUUCACAAAGUCUGCAUAUUGUCAUAAAAGUAAUUUAAUGGGUAUAAAAUAAUUACUGAAUAUGUAUAUGAUGUAUUGUAUGCACUGCAUAUGUAAUGUUCAAUCAGGAGGCUGAAUAUAACAAGCCAAUGUAGCAUCUAUAUAAUAGUAGUAACUGUGCAAACUAAGUCUGCAUAUUUACUUAUGUUACAAUUUUGCCAAAAAUUUUGUAACCAACAAUAAUGGAACAAAUAGCAUCCUUUACACAUAUUUGUACUAAAGAACAAAUACACUUGUUAAAAAAAGAUAGUUCACCCAAAAAACACAUUUCGGUCAUCAUUUCCUCACCCUAUCUUGGGUUUCUUUCUUCUGUUGAACUCAAAAUAAGAUAUUCUGAAGAAAGCUGGAAACCUGUAACCACUGAUUUCCAUAAUAUUUGUUUUUCCUACUAUGGAAGUCAAUGGUUACCGGUUUUCAGCUUUCAUCACAAUAGCCACAUUUCCAUCGUCAAGCCAGGGCUUUUGUCAGACCGGGCUGGGCCAAUAGCCAAGGAGCUUGAGCAGUGAGGCUGAAAUCAUGUCGUGUUUCCACUGUCGUGCUAAUUGCUCACAGCACAGCACGCAAACCCCGCCCCCAGAAUCAAACGUCACACAUCCAACCCAGUUUAGUGGUAAAAAGAAUGUCAAAUCAGAAUCAUGCAGAUAAAGCACACCAUCGCAUCAUUAAGACACACGUUACAUGUUAAUGUACAGGUUUACAUUAAAAAUCUAUAUGUAUAGGCCUAUGUACUUUGAUUCAUUAUAUUCGUUUACUCGCUGACUGACUGUUGGCAUUAUGCAACGAGAGGUCUCUCCACUAACAGAGGGAUGAUCCAGUGCACCACCAUUAAUAUAAAACCACAGAAUUUCUCCGGUAAUAUCUCGGCAUAAAACAUAUUUUAUAACAUCCUCGUUUCAGUAGACGCCAUCAAACAUUCAGCCCAAAUGCUCCGGAGAGACCUAACACAUUUUUUUUCCUUAGACUAUAUGACACUUAAUAGGUUAUUCCCUUUUAUUUAAGAGAAUAAUUUAAGGAUGUUGUAUAUCAUUCAGUCAUCUCAAGUAAAGGAAACCGUCAAGUUAUUCAGAACACAAGAGGAAGUAAUAAAUAUAGGCAAAAUCUUUGUGUUCAACAGAAGAAAGAAACUCAUAGAAGUUUGAUAAACUUGAGAGUGAGCAAAUAAUGUGCACAUUUCCAUUGUUGGGUGAACUGUUCCUUUAACUUCCUCACAAAUGCACCUGAAAUGCUGACAUCAUGUAAGGUAAUGCAAGUGGUGCAUUUGCAGAUCAAAUAGUAAAUGGAAAAGGUGUAAAUGAUUCUGAAACGCUUUCACGAUAUGCUAUUAAAACAAGGAGGCAUAUCGUUUUCUGUGUUGUUGAAAUGCUGAAGAACAAAUGAUGGAUAAGCACAGUUCUAUUUACUGACACUUUCUGUGGUUUCGUGUCACUUGUCAUUCUAGAAACGGACUAGUCUUUGUGUCCACUUUAAGCUUGUCUUCCUCAAGUGCACUUGGAUUAACCUGUGAAUGAUGUGAAUGUUUAACAGAUGUCUUGUGAGCGACUAAUUUGUAUAUUUUAGCCAUGAUGCACAACACUGAAAUAAACAUUUCU